ACCCACCCACCCCAACCAGGGCAAGCAAGCAAGCAAGAGGAAGCAGCAGCAGCAGCGAGCACGAGCAGCACAUGUCACAGAGGGCCAGCGUCCCACACUCCUCCUCCAUAGCCUUCGCCCUCCAUUCCCACCUCCUCCUGUCCUCCGAGAUGUGCCCCAGCUCCUACUGGGAAUAGAAUUAGGAGGCCCAAAUCCGACACCUUUUCCUCCCAAGGUUCCUCCUUUCUUCUCCCGGAUCUAUAUACGUAGUUCGGUUCUCCAACCCAUCCAUCCAUCCAUCCAUCCGCUAGCGGGAAGAGGAUAUGGGCGUCAAGGGAUUCGUCGAGGGGGGCAUCGCCUCCAUCGUCGCCGGCUGCUCCACCCACCCGCUCGACCUCAUCAAGGUCCGGAUGCAGCUGCAGGGGGAGUCGUCGGCGGCGGCCGUGCCCCAGCCCGCGCUGCGCCCGGCGCUCGCCUUCCAGGCCGGGGCGCAGACGGUGGCGCUCCCGCACGCGCCGACGCCGGCGUCGGUGGCCAAGCCCGGCCCGAUUGGCAUCUGCACGCAGAUCCUGCGCGCCGAGGGCGCCGCCGGGCUCUUCUCCGGGAUCUCGGCCACCAUGCUGCGCCAGACGCUCUACUCCACCACGCGGAUGGGCCUCUACGACAUCCUCAAGAAGCGCUGGACCCAGGAGAACGCCGGCGUGCUGCCGCUGCACCUCAAGAUCGCCGCCGGCCUCAUCGCCGGCGGCGUCGGCGCCGCCGUCGGCAACCCGGCCGACCUGGCCAUGGUGCGGAUGCAGGCCGACGGCCGCCUCCCGCUCGCCGACCGCCGCAACUACCGCAGCGUCGGCGACGCCAUCGCCCGGAUGACGCGCGACGAGGGCGUGCGCAGCCUCUGGCGCGGCUCGGCGCUCACGGUCAACCGCGCCAUGAUUGUCACCGCCUCGCAGCUGGCCACCUACGACCAGGCCAAGGAGGCCAUCCUGGCCCGCCGCGGUCCGGGCGCCGACGGCCUGGGCACGCACGUGGCCGCCAGCUUCGCCGCGGGCAUCGUGGCCGCCGCCGCGUCCAACCCCGUCGACGUGGUCAAGACCAGAGUGAUGAACAUGAAGGUGGCGCCGGGGGCUCCCCCGCCGUACGCCGGGGCCCUGGACUGCGCGCUCAAGACGGUGCGGUCGGAGGGCGUCAUGGCGCUCUACAAGGGCUUCAUCCCCACCGUGUCGCGCCAGGGGCCCUUCACCGUCGUGCUCUUCGUCACCCUCGAGCAGGUGCGCAAGGUCUUCAAGGACGUUGAGUUCUAAUGCAGACAUGCAGUGCAGACCACCGCGCGGCACCAUGGAUCCAUGAUGAUGACGACAAGAAGCUGCCCAUUGAUGCCGCUGCUGCUAAGAAUAACUAGUAGUAGUAGUACUACUGGCGAUUUGGAGAGAUUUCUCCAGUUCCUGCGCCCCGUUGAUUGUAGUAAUUCGGAUGGAUUUGAUCGAUUUUGAAUGCAAUUUAUAUUUUUAAAUCUUGGGCUAUGAAUGUCAACUUUGAGAAUCUUCCGCUAAGAAUUGUCAGCAUUGACAAUGUACCAGUUACUGAAUUGAAUAGACUAUUAUUUUUUCUGAA